AAUUAGCACUUGCUGAUGAUACAAAAAAAGAAGCAAAAGAUACAAGAAGAAAUAUAUCAAAAUACCAGCCGUGCUAGCCGGAUUUCGUAGUUAUAACACAGAGUUGGAUUUUCGAUUUUGGGAUUUUUGGGUGUUAUAGUUUUUUAACGAUUUAUUGCAAACCACUUUAAUUAACUUCAAUUAAAGGCAAAUCUUGGCCGCUAUAUAAAAGGUGACAGUUGUUAGUGACUGGCAUAUCAAUCCAGUGCAACAGCUCCAGGGCGACAGUUGCUUCUCCUCCUCAUCCAUCCAUCCAUACCUAGCAGGUCCAGCAUGAAGCAGUUUGUGGUUUUGGCCGUUCUGGCUGUGAUUGGCGGUUCCCUGGCCGCUCCUCGUCCGGAUGUCAGCCAUCUGGCGGGAUACAGCUACCAGGCUGGUGGCUACAACGGCAACCUGGUGGCCAACCAGGUGCUCAGUGCUCCCCUGACCACGGUGACCACCUCGUACCAGCCCACGGCAGCUGGUACCAACUACUACAGUUCGUCACCAUCCAUUGGCCAGCUUAGCCUGGGCUCCUCCGGCUCCUCUGGUGCGGUCAACUACCAGGUGGGCGGCUCUGGCUCGUCCAGCUACCAAGUGGGCUCCUCCUCUGUCGGCGGUGGCAUCGUGAACGACAACAUUGGCCUGGCCGGUCUGCAGCCCGGACCCACCAUCAACUACAACGAGCAGGAGUCGUACAUCAGCCAUCUGGCCAACUUCCAGCCCGCCCAGAUCAACAAGCACUUCUACAUCCACAGUGCUCCCGAGGAUCACGAUGAGCAGCAGAUCGUGCGCUAUGUGAAUGUGGGCAGGCCCCAGAAGAACUACCGCGUGGUCUUCAUCAACGCGCCCACAUCCACCGCCAGCAAGGCCAAGAUCAUUGCCAACGUGGCGCCCGUUGAGGAGAAGACUGCCAUCUAUGUCCUGUCCAAGAAGUCCAAUGCUCUGGAUGUUACCGCCGAGGUGGUCACUCAGCGCCCUGUGGCCAACAAGCCGGAGGUGUUCUUCGUCAAGUAUAAGACUCCUCAGGAGGCGGCCCAUGCCCAGCAGACCAUUCAAGCCAACUAUGAUGCUCUGGGUGGAAGCUCCGAGACCAGCAACGAGGGUGUGAUUCCCGUUUCCUCCGUGAUCGGUAGCCUGGGCGAUAAUGGAGCCUCCGGAGUGUUGACCGAUGCCAGCGGCAGCGUGAACAUCGUGGGCACCGGCGGUGUUCCCACCGUGGAUGCUGGAGCCAGCUAUGAUGCCGAGGGCAGCCAGCGCCAGGUGAUCAGCACCGUGACCACCGGCACCAAUGCCCAGGCCACCUAUCUGCCCGUGAGGCCGGUGAGGAAGUAGGUGAAUCACACCUGGAUUCCAUCACAUAAUCCGCAUCCACUGCCAAUGAAUGACAGACACACUCCAGCCUCGGAAGAUUCGGACUGGAUGGGAAAGCCCCUUGGGUUUGGGGCCCAUUACAGUGGAAUCUUGCCGGGGAAACCUUUGCGAUUUUUCCUAUUUAGUUUUGCCUUCGGCACUAAUUCAUAUUUUUGUGUAUAAUUUUUUUUUUAUUAAUAAAAUUUAAGAGUUCUCAUAGGCAUUCAAAAAAUGUAAAGCUCAAGGAGUUCUUUUUGUGGUGAAUCGUUGAGUCCAAUAAGUAAGAUUUUCAGCUUUAAAUGGAAAUUCCUGGAGUGAAUUGAUCUGGUUGAACCGCCUGCAUCUUGCAUAAUCGGAAAGCCCGCGAUGCCGCCCAAGAAAUACCUAAGACUAAUCCAUGGGACAGCCUCAACUAUUUGGCAAGCUGCUCAUAAUUGUUCAAUCCGAUCGACUGGGCCCGUUCAACCCGUUCAAAA